AUAGAGACUUGUUCAAUACUUGUUCAUGCCCACGAUCAUAAAUUCGGCAACAGAAGUAUGACGUACGUGUUUAGUUUACUUUACAUGAGAAUAUUUUUAAUUGUGACAAUGAAUUGGCUAUAAUAGGAGGAUAUGUAACCGUAUAAGAAAACCCUGUGAAUUCUUAUUGAGAGACUGGUAAAUGGUAUCUACACCUUGGACAAACGUGGUCGUAUUGGUCUCAAUGUUAAAACGGGUUGUUUUGUUUACAAUUUGAGCCUUAAAACAAAAGGUAUUCGAUAUGGCUAUAACAGAAGAUGUACUCGUGUAAGAAUACCCUGUGAAUUCUAAUUGAGAGACUGGUAAAUGGUGUCUACAUCUUGGACAGAAGUGGUCGUAUUGUUCUCAGUGUUAAAACAAAAGGUAUAUUCGAUAUAAGACGUUAAUUAACUCUCAAGCUUGACAGAAUAGUAAACAUGCAAAAGUCACAUACGACAAUGCCAAUAGGUUAACCCAGAUCAUCACCAAGUCCAAGUUUUUUGGUGCCUGAAUAGAAGGCAAACAUGUUAAUAAGAAGAAAUGAAUGUUUAGUGCUGUUUUGGUACUUGACGGUGUUCCACAAUGUGGUACAGAUGGAAACAAAAACAAGUACAGUUUGCUAUGGAGCACCAGGUCUUUAUUGUACUGGUCAUAUAUUGGAAUGUCAAACAACAAACGUUAUAUAUCUAACUAGUGUAAGGUUUGGCUAUAGACAAAGGUGUUCAUCUGUGGGUGUAUCUGACUGUAAGAGAAAAACCAGAAAAUGUUGUGCAAUAGAUGAUGACGAUUGUUUUACACCCCUUAACAAAACUAUUCUAUCUGAGUUACAAGAGACGUGUAACACAAAAUUGAAAUGUUCUCUUAACAAGAAUCAACUGAAUGAAAAAUCUAGAUACUGUGAUUUUGGUGAUAGAUUUCAUAGCUACAGCAUUGUCGAAUAUGAUUGUGUGGAUAAAACAUUUUAUCCCACAACUACAACACCAGGGCCUGGUAACUCUACUUCUACCGUAGUAACUUCUACUUUAAAUACAGUUACAUUUCCAACUCAACAGUCAACAAUACAAAUUAGUAGAUCCAUCCCAAGCAUAUCAACAAGCAUCCAACCACCAACUAUUGUUAAUACAAACGCAUUCAAACAAGGUUCAUCAGAAACCAAGGCUGAAACAGAUGUAGGAGGUAUUGUUGGUGGAAUUGUCGGUGUUUUAUUAGUUGGUGUUAUAGUUGUUGUUGUUAUAUUCCUUAUUAAAAGGAAACAAGGGACAGAUUCCGUACCACCAAACAAUGCCCAUGCCAAGUCCACUUAUGACACUGACGUAAAUAUACCUGCAACCAUCACUCCUGUAUAUUAUGAAUUUGAGUCGAACAACACGAGGCCAGAUAAUGCCCAGCUGGCCUCUGGUAAUAACUAUGAUGCUAUAUGGGCAGAUAACCAUGCAAAACCGUCUAAAAGGAAAGACAGUUAUAAUCAUAUUGGAAUAGACGUCGGGACGUCAGAUGGGGGUUACCACUAUUUAAAGGGAGGUAACUCCAACAAGACAACCACAGCCCCAGAUUGUAAUUAUAACCAUCUUGGUUUGUUUACCACUGAGGAAGAUAACUACCACCAUAUAGGAGUGAACCAGUCUCAAAUUAUUACUGAUGAUACUUACAACCAUAUUGCUGGGGACAAUAACGCUGGCCUGGAAAGGGAUGACUACCACUAUAUCGGAGAUAGUCGUGAACAACUAGUUGUGACGGAUGAUACAUAUAAUCACAUUGGAGAUGUUCAUGACGAAGUACUGGACGGUGGUGACGGUGAUAUCAAUUAUUCUGUUGAAGAUAAUGCAGAUUUUUCCGCUAUUCGUGGUGCUGAUGGUAAUGAUGAUUAUAGCGCUGAUACAGCAGAGGGAAUUUAUUCAUUGGCUAAAAGAAUUUAAAAUUCGAGAAAUUACCUACAAACUAUAUUAAAAUAUAAGUGGUGAAUGGGUGUUUUCUAUUAUUAGAUCAGUUCAUAUGAUGUCUGUUAGGAAAAACUAGACUCGGCUAGAGUAGCUUACAUACGUUAGCUCCCUUGUCUUGUGACAUGGCUGGAAUUACGGAUAUGAUAGACUUUAUGGUUAAAUUCAUUCAUAGAUAUACCUAUGUAGAAACUAACUGGAAUAUUUGUUGACGAGAUGUUAGACCUCAUUCCAUUUAACUCACGCAAUGAGCUCAUUAUUAAUAACACAAUAAGCUCGUUAUUUACUCACCCAAUAAAUGCGUUAUUAACUCAAUAUAACAAUAUAACAGAUGGGUUGCUUGCGAUAUCUACUCACAUUUUACCAUUGUAAUUUAUAUUAUACACCAGUUAAAGACACCACAGUGAAAAUCCCUCUGUCCAUUGCAUAGUUAAGGGGCGUAUUGCUCUAUUCUUUGGAACCGUAAAAUAGACGAAAAUAGGUCUAAAA